ACAAAAAAAAAAACCUAAAACUAGAACAAAAAAGUGUGUACGAAACAAAUUGAAUUUUAAACAUUGAAAUAAAACAAUACAAAAAAAAAAAAAACAAAAAUAAAACAACAUCUUUUAAUUAAAGAAAACAUAAAAAAGGUGAAAUAAAAAAAUAAAAAACUGUUUUUAGAAUAUUAAAAACAAAAAAAAAACAAAGUAUUAAGUGGACAGACACAGUGAAGUGAAACAAAAGUGCAUAAUAACAUAUAAAUAAAUAAAUUAACAAAAAGUGACGUUUAAAAAAGUGCAACCAAAAGAAAAAGUGCUAAAAAAAAAAAUAGAAAGUACACUGUGCUACAAAAAAGUGACAUUAAACAAACAAAUAUAUAUUUUUACAAAUUUACUACAAAAAAGGGACAACACACAGUGCUACAAAACAAACAGAAAAUACACAGUGCUACAAAAGUGACAUUAAAAAGUGAUACAAAGUGACAUUACACGGUGCUACAGAACUAAAAGAAAUUACACAGUGCUACAAAAAUAAACAAAAAUUAAUUAAAUUUUUUAUUUUUUUGGCAAAAAAAGUCUACACAAAAGACAAAAUACAAAAAUAAAAAGUGUAACAAAAAGUGACAGUACACAAUAUUACAAAAAAACCAAACAAAAUCAAGAAGUACGCAAAAUUGUGGAAGCUGCCAGAAGACCACGAAGGACUCCGGCAACACAACAACAAUAGUAACAACAACAACAAGAGGAACACUACAAUAACGAAUUUUUUUUGAGACCCAAAGGCCAAAUCAAAAUAUGGCUGCCUACUUGCCCAAUCAAGACUGCCGUUUAGAUGAUCGCAGCCUCAGUCCCAACCAAUCCGCACGUCCAACAGCGAGAAGUUCUAGCAGACCCAGACGCCCAACCGAACCCAUUCCCAGCAGACCGGCUCAUAGACACCGCAGACUUCCCAGUUCCACAUCGCCAGAAAGACGUCAACGAAGCCGCUCCGCUGCAAGAUCCCGCCAACGCCAAGAACGACCCAGCUAUUGGCAGUAUUCCUGUGGGUUGUGUCAGGAGGACCAUGCCCUCAGUGCUUGCGAGAGGUUUCGCCACCAGACCCCCUUCCAGCGCUAUGAGACUGUGGAGCGUAGGGGGUACUGCAGAAAUUGCCUUGCCAGAAGUCAUUUGGCCCCUGACUGUCCGUCGUUGACUGGUUGCAGGAGGUGCAACAAUCGGCAUCAUACGCUGCUACACGGGGCGUCUCAGCUGGAGGAAGUAUCUCUAAACGUGGAAGUUGUAACAACACCAAACUUUGCGUGGGAUUUGGUAUUUGUGCCAACGGCUAUGGUGCGCAUCAAAGCUGACAAAACAGAGGGGUACACCAUGAUAAGAGCAUUAAUCAGCCAAUCAGCGACGAUGUCCAAAAUAUCGUAUGCGGCUUUCCGUAGAUUGGGCUUACAAUCGCGGAUUUACAAAGGGCAGCGAUUUACCACAUUUACUGUUUCGCCCCGCCGCACAAACAGCCACUGGAGUCUUAGAGUCAAUGCCUUGAUAAUCGAAGAUUUGCCCAGGCGCAUUUACUCGGACCCGAUCCUCGAGGACCCCACAAGAAGUUUCAGAAAUUGCGCCCUAGCCGACCCUGAUCCCCGAGGCAACAAUCCCGUCGAUGUGGAACUGGGUGCUGACGUUUACUCAGCCAUAAGAAAAGACGAGUGCAAGGAGGCUGGAAUUGGAGAUGUCCUGGCCUAUGAUACCCAGCUGGGUUACGUGUUUGCAGGUCCAAUAAAAAAUAUGCCAAAAAUAUAAAGAACAAUAUUGUAUUUCAAAGAUGAAUGUAAACACUUGUCAUUCGGGGGCCAGAAAUGUUCAUAAAAGAUGCUAGUUUUUUGCGCAACAGUGUUGUUUGUUACAUUACCGGUGGCUGCAUAAAUAACAUCAUAAAAAAAUGAUGUACAUAUACACACACACAUGCACAUAUAUGCAGCCACCGGUAAAUUCCAAUGCUGAAUUCAAAUAAAUAAGCAUCGUCACCAGCCAAAACAGGUUUGCUGUGACGAUGCAAAUUGGAGUUAGAUCAGUUCUGUCUCGAAUUUAAAAGCGCGUACGCAAGGUUCCCCCCCGAAGUGAACAGUGCCCAAAAACAGAAAAAAAAA